UUCCACUGCACACACGCAGCGCCAGCCUUGAGUCUGUUUCUACCCCCUUCCCGCCUGUUCAUCACCACCAUGACCCCGGGCAUACGGGCUCCUUUCUUCCUGCUGUUACUUCUAGCAAGCCUAAAAGUCCACAGCGGCAACUCAGACCCAGCCACCAGCCCUCCAGGGGACUCUACCAGCUCCCCAGCCACCAGCCCCCCAGGAGACUCCACCAGCUCUGCAGUCCACAGUGACACCUCGUCCCCAGCCACCAGCCCUCCAGGAGACUCCACCAGCUCUGCAGUCCACAGUGACACCUCGUCCCCAGCCACCAGCUCUCCAGUCCACAGUGACACCUUGUCCCCAGCCACCAGCUCUCCAGUCCACAGUGGCACCUCGUCCCCAGCCACCAGCCCCCCAGGAGACCCCACCAGCUCUCCAGUCCACAGUGGCAGUUUGUCCCCAGCCACCAGCCCUCCAGGAGACCCCACCAGCUCUCCAGUCCACAGUGGUGCCUCCAUCCAAACCACCAAGGCUAUAUCAGACUUAGCUAGCACUCCAACCCACAAUGGCAUCUUGGUCCCAACUACCAGCUCUGCACUGGGCUCAGCUACCAGCCCAGUCCACAAUGGUACCUUAACUACAACUAAUAGCUCUGAAUCAGACUUGGCCACCACUCCAGUUUACAGUGGAGCCCCAUUCUCUACUACUCAGGCUACAUCAGGCUCAGCUAUCGUUCCAGAGCACAAUGAUUCCUCGGUGCUAACUACCAGUUCUGUGUUGGGCUCAGCUACUAGUCCAGUGCAUAAUACCUCUGCAAUGGCUACAACUCCAGGCAGCAAUGGCACUCUGUCUUCAGUUCCAAGUCAGCACCCUGUUUCUCCUACCGUGCCCACCAUCUCCAGCAACAGCACAACACUCUUCCCUACCGUCUCCAGUAACAGUUCACCCCAGCUGUCUGUUGGGGUCUCCUUCUUCUGGUUGUCUUUUUACAUUCAGAACCACCGGUUUAAUUCUUCCCUGGAAGACCCCAGCUCCAGCUACUACCAAGAACUGAAGAGGAACAUUUCUGGGUUGUUUCUGCAGAUUUUUAACCAAGAUUUUCUGGGGAUCUCUACUAUCAAGUUCAGGUCAGGCUCCGUGGUGGUAGAAUCUACUGUGAUUUUCCGGGAGGGUACUUUCAGUGCCUCUGACGUGAAGUCACAGCUUAUCCAGCAUAAGAAGGAGGCAGACGACUAUAAUCUGACUAUUUCAGAAGUCAAUGUGAAUGAGAUGCAGUUCCCUUCCCCUGCCCAGUCUUGGCCUGGGGUACCAGGCUGGGGUGUUGCCCUGCUGGUGCUGGUCUGCAUUUUGGUUGCUUUGGCCAUCAUCUACUUCAUUGCCCUGGCAGUGUGCCAGUGCCGCCGAAAGAGCUAUGGGCAGCUGGACCUCUUUCCAACCCAGGACAUCUACCAUCCCAUGAGUGAAUACCCUACCUACCACACUCACGGGCGCUAUGUGCCCCCUGGCAGUACCAAACGUAGCCCCUACGAGGAGGUUUCGGCAGGUAACGGCAAUAGCAGUCUCUCUUACGCCAACCCGGCUGUGGCAACCACUUCUGCCAACUUGUAGGAGCAACUCACCCCACCUGCUCAGGGCAGCUGCACAGCAGUCUGCUCCCUCAGUGGUCACUGCCAGACCCCUGCACUCUGAUUUGGGCUGGUGAACCAGGACUUCUGGUAGGCUGCUCACAGCCUUCCUCUGAGGCUUUGUCAAGAGUCUCAACCAAGUUAGCCUGGUGAAGCCCAGCCCUGCCCUGGGGGACACUGGGGUAAUGGUGGCUCUCAGAAGGA